CGCGUCUUCCAUUUUUUACAUCAAACACAAAACGGAAUUCAAAAAUGGCACAGCUUUUUCUCUCUUUCUUGGUUAUCUCAUUCACAAUCUGCAGUUUUGCAAUCACUGUCGAAUCUCGUUCUCUUGCAAGAACGUAUGCUGAAUCACAGUGUAAAUCAACAAGAUAUCCUGAUCUAUGUGUUCAAACCCUUUUACCCUACGUAAGCAAAAGAGGAUUACCAAGCUCACAACUACAAGCUCAACUUUCGUUAGCAACAUGUCUAUCCACAGCUCGCUUCACAAAGGCUUAUAUGAACAUGGUAGCAGAUAAAUUGAAUGAAACGAGUAAUUCAGGAGACUAUCAAGCAAUGGAAGAAUGCAUGCAUCAAAUGAAUGAUGGAGUGACGCAAAUUACCCAGUCGUUUAAGGAAUUACAACAAAUGGGAAAAGAUGGGUAUCAAAAGUUUUUGUGGCAUGAGAGUAAUGUGCAAACUUGGGUCAGUGCUGCCUUGACGGAUGCGACGACAUGUGUUGAUGGAAUCUUGGGGGAUGGAAUCAGUGAUAGAGAAAAGACUAUGAUUCGAGCGAGGAUCUUGAAGGUGAAGCAACUCGCUAGCAAUUCUCUUGCAUUGUUUACUCGCUUCACAUCCAGAUAUCGUGCCUCACAUGGCAUCAAAAUUCCCCUAAAUUGAGUCACAAAGCGUAUUACAUUCAUUUUUUUUUCCAUCGUAAUGAUUGAUACAAAGGAUUCUGUUAUAAACUAUAGUGGCUUGUUGAUGUAAAUGGAUGGCAGUUUAAUUGUACUUAUGGGUGUGAAUUUUUUUUUUUUU